UGGGACGAGCUGCAAUUUGGGAGCCCCAAGCAGUACCACAAGGCAGCGGGCAGCCAGCUCACCCUGUCCCUGGUGAGAGCUGCCAGUCCUGGGGCACCACCCUCCUCCUGA